AUGGAGCAAUUGCAAUUGCAAGUAGAAGCGCUACUGUUUGAUCAAGAUGAGGGCAGCCUGGCUGAAAUGUUAGAUCUAUUAGGAAUCGAGGACGAUGUAACGGGGAAAACUAAAAUGCAGCGGAUUAAAAUUAUCAGGAAAGAAGUUGACUUUAAAAUGGAAAGCGAUGAAAAGGUCGCACGCACAUGUCUGGAACAAUUACUCACUUACGUUCAAGGAACUGUACCUCCUCUCGAACAAACGGAGGAGACAGGGGCAAAAGUAGCUGCUGGAGUAAGGAGCGAACAAAUGGGCGCCCAGGGAAAGUUAAACAAAGAACAAGUCGGACAAGGGGCGGAGGAUAUUCUGGCUCAAAUGGCGAAAACAAAAGCGGUCUCCUCGCUACUCUACAGAGAAUAUAAACUUUCGGGACAGAUUGGCGAACCAGGGCAGACGGAAAAAUUGACCUUUGUGUCCUUAAUGCAUCAGAUAGACUCUGGUCUUAAACGUGGUUUUAAAGAAAGUGAAAUUGUGGAUGCCGUGAUUUGUGCGAUAUCGCCCCAUAGUAGUCUUAGAAGUUAUGUGGAAACCUUAAGUGACCUCUCCCUCUCAAAAUUACGGAGAAUUCUCCGUGUCCACUACCGGGAGAAAGCUGCAUCUGAGGUAUAUCAACAGCUCGCAACCGUAUGCCAACAAAGCAAUGAGUCACCGCAGCAAUUCCUACCCCGUGCUUUGGACCUGCGUAACAAGGUAAAUUUUGCCAGUCAGGAAUCGGAUUGUGAGUUUAAUAAUGGCCUCUCUCUGAUCCAGAAGACAUUUAUAAAAUCCUUCGAAACUGGUCUACGUGAUGAUAUUUUAGCGUCCAACUUAAGAACCACCCUUCGUACCCCAGGGCUAACUGAUGAAGAACUUAUGAAACAAGUUAAUGAACUAGCUUCACAGCAAGAUGAACGAACCACAAAAUUGGCCACUGAACACCGAAAAAGGGCCCAAGUAAACGCUUUCGAAGUCCCCAGGGAGGCAGGGAAACAGAGGGCCAGGAACCCAAGUUCAGACGAGAGCCAACAGAUUCUUUAUGAAAUCCGGCAGAUGAAAUCAGAAAUUAACGCCCUCAAAGGUAGAGUUACUGCCCAGAGCGGUCAGGCGGCAAAACCAAACUGGGACCGAUCCCCUUACAGAGACCAGAAAGGUGGUUACCAGCCGAAGAACCCAAACUGGGGAUGUCAAAGCUGUAAAGAGCGUGGGAGAGGGGAGGAAUGUGACCAUUGUUUCGCUUGUGGUAUCUCUGGACAUGUAGCUCGUGAGUGUACUAGAAGAAGGAAUCAGGCUAGCCGUCUGGGAAACGACCAGCGACUAUUCAGGCGGGACACAGAAUAG